AUGCAAGUUGAGUCUUUUCUUGUAAACUACUAUAAGUCUAUCCCCAUCGUCAGCCGAGUUUUGUUCUCCAUCAGCAUUAUUCUCACAGCGCUGACGUAUCUAGAUGUAAUCACGCCGUACAAUCUGGUGUACUCGUUUGCGCACAUCAAGCAGUUUGAGCUGUGGAGGGCUGUGACAGCGUUCUUCUAUCUGGGGCCUGCCACCCUCGAUACGCUGGUGCACCACUUCUUCAUGCUGAAGUACUGCAUAAUGAUGGAGGAGUCGGGGAGCAGCCCGGCAGAUUUUCUCUACAUGAUUAUAGUUGGAAUGGCGAUGAUCCUUGUGUCAGCGAGCUUUCUCGGGAUGUCAAAGCUCUCCAGCGCGCUGUCAACGUACAUUAUUUAUAUCUGGAGCAAGAAGAACCCUCUGAUAAUAGUGCAGUACAUGGGCCUGUUUAGCAUUCCUGCGUACUACAUCCCGUGGAUCAUGUUUAUAUUCUCGUCGCUUGCGGAGAGAGCUCUGCCCGUAAAUGAUCUCGUGGGGAUUAUGGCUGGGCACGUAUACUUCUACUUUAAGACGGUGUACACGCGCACAAACCCGCGGAGUGACCCGCUUAGAACCCCGCAGGUGCUGAAGAGCCUUUUCAUAGCCGGCAAGCCAGCAGAGAAAAGAGAGCAGCAGAGAGCAGAGCCUGCAGGAGAGCACAGAAGAGCUGGGAGAGCAGCUACGCUUGACGAUAUACGAGAGUGA